ACACACGACAGCUUUUUACGUUUUUCUCGUUGCCGGUAUACUGCUUGUCGGUGGUAAACAUGAAGUUUAAAAGUAAAUUGAUUUGUUAUGUGUCUGUCUUUGUCCUGUCUUUCAUUUUUUGUGAAGCUUUGACACCAUCAACUUACCUUACUUCUGCUGAUCAACAGAGAUUAAAGAAAGUCUUAUCUACAGCUUUCCCACUGUCUGAUUUAACAACAGCACAUUAUGCUGUUCUAGGUUACAGUUUGUUAAGUGAAAAGAUACCUGCAGCUGAAGAUCCUUGUAAGUUUUUUGAUUCGAAAAUUGAUAAGAAGCGUAUAGAUACAAUAUUUCAUGCAACAAGUGGCAGUAAGUUACUGCCCAAUUGUAAGCUGACAACUACAGGACUGCAGCAAGUUUUAGAAGCAGCAAUCACAGAUGAUGCUCCAAUGCAAGACAUAUAUCAUGCUGCUUUAUCAUUAAAGAACUUAAAUUUAAAAAUUGAUUCUCCCAAAAUUGCUAAAGUACUAACAGUUGCAUUGAAGAAAGAUGACAGUGUUAUAAACCUUGCCUAUGCUUUUCAUGUUGCUUCCACACUCCAAGGAGAUCUUACACCAUUUUUUGAAAGAAUUGAAGAUGUCAUUGUCCAAGCAGAUGAAGUAGAUGGAAAAUACUUGCAGUUUGAAGGUGGCUUAGGAAUAACUUCAACUACUAUAAAUGGUGUGUACAAAUUGGCCGAAGCUGCAAAAAAAGCCCCAGCUCUUACUGUCGAGCAAGCCGUUAAAUUUACGAACUAUUUUCUUAGCAGAAAAUUUGUUCAAACAGUGAAAGGAUCUGCUCAACUUCUCGACAUUUUGAGGAUAUUGGCUACCAACAAAUUUCACAUUCCUGUUGCUGUCACUCUUGCAAGUAACAGUGCUUUGUCAGAUGAAAAUCCCAAUGUCCAAGUUCGCAUCACAAACGUGCUAGGUGCAUCUCUAGGUCCCUUGACUGUCACAGCCGAUGUUGCCAAGCGAAUUGGUGAUGAUGCGGUUGUUCUGAACAAAAAAGCUUUUCAAGCUGUCAAGGGCAGCAACAUUUUAUAUACCUUGAACUUCUUGGAAAGCAAACCUAUUCGUGGCUUCUACACUAUUUCUGUGAGUGCUGUACCACGUAAACCUGAUCCAAAAUUAAUUGGAAACACUGGGGCCCAAAUCAAGGUUAAAGUUAUGACUGAAGUAGCUGUAGAAGGAGCAGAAAUUGGCACUGUUUAUAGGGAUCAAGUUACCUCUGCAAAAUCCACGAGCAUUGUUUACCCCAAAGAAAGUGUAAAUAUGGAAGCUGAUUAUCAUCAAAAGAUCAUCAUGAAAUUUGCCCUGAAAGAUAAAAAUACGAAAACAUCCUUAAUUGCUCACCAAACAUUUGUCCAGUUUGUUAACCAACAAACUAAGCAAGAAGUUGUCUUUGUUGCUGAGCCUGAAAGCCAAGGAGUUUACAAAUUCGACUUGGACAUAUUUACAAAGGCAAAGGAAUUCUCUUUUGCAUCUGGAACUUAUGAUGUUUAUUUGAUUGUUGGAGAUGCAGUCUUGAAAAAUCCAUUUAUGUGGAAAUUGGGAAAAGUAGCUUUGACAUUUCCUGCUAAUCCUACCCCAGCAAAAACAGCUGAAAAUCCAUAUCAGCCUAAACCAGAAAUUAAGCAUUUGUUUCGUGAAAAAGAAAAACGUCCUUCCUCUCUUGUUUCCAAUACCUUUUCUGGCCUAUGUUUGGUUCCAUUACUGCUUUUGCUAAUCAUGUGGAUCAGAUUAGGUGCCAAUCUUUCAAACUUCCCAUGUUCUCUGUAUGCAGCAGGUUUUCAUCUUGGGCUCUUAGCCAUAUUUUCCCUCUUCAUUUGUUUCUGGAUGCAUCUGAAUAUGUUUUCAACAUUAAAAUACCUCUUAGGAUUAGGUGUUUUCACCUUUUUAUGUGGACACAAGUUAUUAAGCAAAUUAGCAAGUGGAAAAUAAUAUCAUUCCAUCAUAAGUGCAUUUAAAAUUUCCUUGCCUGCUUCAUGAAGUGAACUAGAUCAUGAUGGACUCUUAUCAUUAAACCAUUAAAUUACUUAUGAUUGUUUGAAACAUGUCAAACAAAGUCCUUGAAGAAACAAUUGUAUGUUGUUACGAGAUCAAAAUAAAUUUUUUAUACUUUAA